CGAGGGGGCCUGGCCGAGGGAAACCCGUUACUUCCUCUCUUGUGUGGCUUAUAAACUUUCAGAGGCGGGCUGGCUGUCAACAAAGAGUGCAGAGUGUGAGAGAGUAUAUAUAGGAAGCAACAUACAAACAGACGACAGUUACACUUCAAUACCCUCAACAUCAACACCAGCAACAUGUCAUCAACAGACCUGGAGAGCUUGGAGAGCAGGAAUGGGCGCUCGAGGCACAUGGACAUGUGUCUAGUGGGAUCCGUGGUUGUGCUAUUUGUGUUAGUUAUCUCGGGUUUCGCUGUGCUGUUCGCAUGGAACCUGAAGCCUGGAGCGGAGAUUGUACAUGAAUUUCCACAGGCUCUACGGGGUGAACAAGACGACAUGAGCUUGCGAUACAAGGGGCAGAACUUUGCCUAUCUGCGGGCCAGCAUAGAUAAAACUGGCAAGAUGUCCAAAGGUGUGAUGGACUGGGAGCCUAUAACCUACGGAAACGGCAAGACCCUGGGCUCGGGAUACGAGUACGAUGCUAAUCAAAGAGUGCUAACAGUGAAGCAAGCAGGAGCCUACUUCCUCUACGUUCAGUUCAACGUGUCCUGCAACCACAAGUGUAAGAACGAAACGCUCACCAUCACCUUCACGUUUGACAACGUUGAGCAGCUCACCUGCACUUUAGAGCUACCUGACUACGAGACAGUGGCCAAGAAGUGCUGGACGGUGAUCCCACACAUGGACAAGAACAGCAAACUCAUGGCCAGGAUACAUUCAGACGAAGAGCUCAGAUCUCGCGUCCUGGAGGUCAACAGUUCUGGAUUUGGGAUGUUCCGCGUGGACGGGCCGGGGACGGACUAAAAGCCAGGGCUUUUAUGGCGAAUGCUUUGAUAUAGUACUGUACGUGUGAUGUUUAUGGACAUCAUCAAAAAGACCUCAAGGGUCCUGACCCUAUGCACUUUGAUCUACUCAGGAUGGACUCUCAGGAAGCACUAUUUAUGAACAUUUUUAUAUUCCUAUUAACUAUUUAUGUCUUAUAGCCGUUUUUAUAGAUAUGUUAUUUAUGAGCUGUGUAAUUUAUGUGUUCAGUUGUUGUUGUUUUUUGCUAUUUGUGCAAACUGUUUCCUGUAAGACAGUGAAAAGAUGUUUACUGUUAGACAGUAGCUGAGAAGUAGACGUCACUACGGAUUAGCCACGCCGGUGGCUGCAUCUGGGCUAACAAUGGACCUGAAACUUGAAAACGGACUCCGUAUUGACAAAGUGCCUCGGAAUGGGAUUGCAGAUGUGAUAAUAUCCAGCAUUCCUGGAUCCAUUUCACAGGGUGAUAAAAAGACAAUGUUUCUAAGGACCAGGCUGCCUCAUAGAGAGCAGUAUCUCCAAUGUUCAUAUGAAUGUAACGUGGUCAAGCAGUCAAUAAAAUGACUAUUAAAAUCUAA